ACGUGGCGGUCGUGUUCAAUGCAGUUGGAGUUGGUCUGAAUAAUGGAGACUUAGCAACAAGCAGCUGUCUGGGGCGACAGACUAUUACUAAUGGACGGUUUUCUGCAUUAAUCUGAUCUGCUGUGGUUCCUUUAGAGGGGAUUAAUAGACUGGAAGUGUUCUCUUAUUCAUUUUAUUCCAUUAUUUUUAAGCCUAAAACAGAUUCAGCAUUUGCAGUUGUUCAGCGAGGAAUAUUUGAGGAAAGAAAAGCUGCAGGAGUCUGGUCAUUUAAUAUGAGGGUUAUUAUGAGUGAGAUUCCUGACUGCUGAACAUGGACGAGGAAACGUUGAAGAGUGCACUGGUAUUUUUCCAGAGUGACAGGACUUCAUAUGGAGAGUUUCGCAAAGGUCGAAAACCUGAUUACCUCCGGAAAUCAGAUCGGAGUUACUCUCAGUUUUUCAGGGAUUUUCUGCUUCCCAAUUUCCCAUGCAUACUGUCGCCUGAGUUUACAGAAGGCUGGAGGAGCAGGCAAGAGUGGGUGAAAGGGGAUGGCAAGCCUGACUUUGAGCACUUGCUGAAACAUUUUGGAGAUUUUGUUGUCCCUGUGGCCAACUGUGAUGUGAAGGAAUACAAUGCAAAUCCAAAGCACAAUAUCCCAUUAAGGGACUACCUCAAUUACUGGAGAGAACACAGGGAGAGUGGCUAUUCAUCUCCACAGGGCUGCUUGUACAUGAAAGACUGGCACAUGCACAGGGUUUUCCCUGAUCAUGGGGUAUACAGUACUCCUCUCUUCUUCCAGUCUGACUGGCUGAAUGAAUACUGGGACUCUAUUCAAUUGGACGAUUAUCGUUUUGUUUACAUGGGCCCCAAAGGAUCAUGGACACCAUUUCAUGCUGAUGUGUUCCGAUCAUACAGCUGGUCAGCCAACAUCUGUGGGCGGAAGAAGUGGCUGCUGUUCCCACCUGGUGAAGAGGAACAUUUGAAGGACCACAGUGGUAACCUUAUUUAUGAUGUCCAGUCUCCAGUUCUGCAGGACAAGAAUCGCUACCCAAAAUACAGUCAGUGCUGCCAACCCAUUGAGGUGGUGCAGGAUGCUGGAGAGGUCAUCUUUGUUCCAAGCAGUUGGCACCAUCAAGUUUACAAUCUGGAGGACACCAUCUCCAUUAACCACAACUGGCUGAAUGGCUGCAACAUAGACAUCAUGUGGCAAUUCCUCCAACAGGAGCUGAUGGCAGUCCAGGAAGAGAUCAGAGAGUGGAAGAACCAUAUGGAGGGUUGGAAUCAACAUUGUCAGUUGCUGUUGAAAUCAUGCACUGGAAUCAGCUACCAUGAAUUCUAUACCUUUCUGAAAAUAAUUGCUAAAAAUAGAAUAGCAGUAUUGGAGGCUACUUCAGGAGACUCAGCAGCCUUCCAUAGGACAUAUCCUGCAGAACUAUCCACUCUCGGAGUGUGUCACUCAGUAUUUGAUUUACACCAGACUGAAGAUGUCUUGACUUCAAUGCUCACCAAUGAGAACUUCAGUAUGCUAGACUCAGACUUGUUGGAUCCUCGUCCAGAGGACCUGCUGGAUGAUAUUAAAGAAAUAAAGGAUGCUGUCUCGUCAUAAUA